UUUCCAACUGAUGCAGCAAUUUGAUUAUAAGAACGGCUAUCCUCUCCCAAAAUCAUCGGUGUGCGGCAUAGGCAAGGAGCCUCUAGAUGUCAAUUCUAUCCUGUUUCGUAACAAUUUCACAGCACCGAGCACUUUGGACCCAUCGCUGAUUUACGGGCGGACGAAGACGCCGGUGAUGGCGAAAGUGAUUCCGCACUACGCCGAGUACGACAAAAAGUGUCUCCUUUUUCGAGGGUUCUUCCAGCAGAGAGUGCCCGAGCCCUCCACUGAAGGAAUUAGGACGCGGAUUGUGAACAUAAUUUACUAUCUGGAGGAUGACACCCUCACAGUCGUCGAGCCGCCAGUACACAAUUCUGGUUUGACGCAGGGGAAGCUCGUUCGGCGAGAUCGCGUACCAAAUGAAAGCACCGGGCAUCCGUGGAACUGGAAGGAUUUUAACGUUGACAUCGAUGUCCGAUUCUAUGGCAUCAGCUACCGUAUUUGCAACUGCGAUGCAUUCACACGGGAAUUUUUAUUGAGUCAAGGUUUAGAAAUGAACGAAGAACGAGAGUUACCAGUCGACCCGACUCCUCAAGAAAAACACGAGCCUCUGAAAAGUGCUCGCAAACAAACUUUGGCGGACGAGAAAUUUAGACAAUAUCUACAGUUCGAUGGAAAAGUUUUAAGGUUUUAUGCGGUGUGGCUGAAUAGUGACGGAGAAUCGAACGAAAAACGACCGUGCACCAUCUACUACUACCUCUCAGACGACCGGAUGGAAAUUCUCGAGGCGAGAGAAAUAAACAGCGGCAGAGACCCGUUUCCACGAGUACUCAACCGAAUGAGAGUACCAAAAAACUGGGAGAUCCUGCCAGCCUCGAAUGCAAGCUCGCCGGAUGCAGCUGAUAUGGAAAAUGUAGAAUAUUUCGGUCCCCGAGACCUCCUAGUUGGAGAAACAUUACACAUACUGAGAAAACAGUUCUUCCUGUAUGACUGCGAUCUCUUUACAAGAAGAUUUUAUAAGAAUUGUUUGAACAUUGAACAAGGCCCGGCAAUAGACGUAAAGGAACCAAAGGAGCGAUUUAAAAUAACUCCGAUGAUUCCGCCUCACAUUGGGAUCGGUCAACCGGAAGAUACCAUACAGUCUUGUUUGACUCUCAAGCCGGUGCCUCUGAAAAAAAAUAUGAUUCAAUACGUCACUAAUGCUGGAAAAGUUCUUAGGUACAAGGCACGACUGGACUGGAUACACCCUGAGGAUAAGGACAGGGAAUUUGUCAUCCACUAUUCGCUAGCUGAUGGACUUCUGUCAAUAUCAGAGAAAAGAGUGAAAAAUUCAGGCUUUGAAGGCGGCCGUUUCUUGAAACCCAUGCUUCUCAUGAAACCUGACUCCGACACGAAUUAUCCACAGUAUUAUAAUCCAACCGAUUUUAGAUUAGGCUCCAUAGUUCACGUCUACGGCCAACGAUUCAUCAUCACAGGAGCUGCUUUGUCGGUGCUUCGAUAUAUGGAGGAAAAUCCUGAAAAAUUCAGACCGGAACAUUUGGAUGAAUUUAGAAAUUACUUCUCUCAACUUGGUGUCACUACGCAUAAUGAAACUCGUUUGGAAAGUGAUCAAACUCUAGUACAUUGAUUUAUG